UUUAUCGUAUAAAACUUCCUGGACCUGCUAUUUUGGGUGAGGGAAAGCCAGAAAAUCAAAACCAUGCUAUUAUUUUCACCCGUGGAGAAGGCUUGCAAACAAUAGAUAUGAACCAGGAUAACUACAUGGAAGAAGCCUUAAAAAUGAGGAAUUUGCUGCAAGAAUUCCUCAAAAAGCAUGAUGGUGUGAGGUAUCCGACUAUUCUUGGACUUAGAGAGCAUAUAUUUACUGGAAGUGUUUCUUCACUUGCUUGGUUCAUGUCAAAUCAGGAGACCAGUUUUGUGACAAUUGGUCAAAGACUGUUAGCCAACCCUCUGAAGGUUCGAUUCCAUUAUGGUCAUCCAGAUGUGUUUGAUAGGCUUUUUCACCUUACUAGAGGAGGUGUCAGUAAAGCACCCAAGGUCAUCAAUUUGAGUGAAGACAUAUUUGCUGGCUUCAAUUUUACCUUUCAAGAAGGCAGUGUUACCCAUCAUGAAUGCAUACAAGUCGGGAAGGGAAGGGAAGGGAUGUCGGCCUGAAUCAGAUUUCUAUGU